CGAGUGGAUAUGAUAUUUGAUCACUGAGAUUUUGUGCCAAAUCCAUAGCUCUUUUUGCCUCUCAGAGUCUCUGUUUCUCUCUGCAUCUCCACCUAUUUGAAGCCUCAUCUUCAACAAGAUAAUAAACCUCAAGCCUUUGCUCGAUCUCUGUAUUCAUGGCUACAUUCACAAAUUUCUUAUCCAAACCACCCUCUUCUCUAGCCACUUUCCCUAAAAUCAAUAACCCUCUUUGUUUCCCUCGUUCCUUUAUACCCUUUGUGACUAAACCUAAAGCUCUAACAAAAAAACUUGAAACCAACCGAACUCACUUCAUUACAAAAGCCGCAGCAGCUUCUGGUACUGCUAAAAAAGUUGAAAGCGAUGAAAGAGUACAACGAGUUCACAGUAUUGAAGAAUUCGAUGAAGCUCUCCGAAUGGCCAAAAACAAGCUCGUCGUGGUAGAGUACGCUGCCAGCCAUAGUUACCACAGCAGCAAAAUCUACCCUUUCAUGGUGGACUUGAGCAGAACAUGCAACGACGUAGAGUUCCUUCUUGUAAUGGGUGAUGAAUCAGAGAAGACAAGGGAGCUUUGCGAGAGAGAGAGAAUUGAACAAGUCCCACACUUCAGCUUUUACAAGAGCAUGGAGAAAAUUCACGAAGAGGAAGGGAUAGGCCCAGAUGUUCUCAUGGGAGACGUGUUGUACUACGGAGAUAACCAUUCUGCUGUGGUGCAAUUGCAUAGUAGAGAGGAUGUGGAGAAGUUGAUUGCAGACCAUAAGGUUGAUCAGAAGCUGAUUGUUCUUGAUGUGGGGUUGAAGCAUUGUGGGCCAUGUGUGAAGGUGUAUCCGACUGUGGUUAAGCUCUCGAAGCAGAUGGUUGAUACUGUGGUUUUUGCACGCAUGAAUGGUGAUGAGAAUGAUAGCUGCAUGGCGUUCUUGAAGGACAUGAACGUUGUGGAGGUGCCUACGUUUUUGUUCAUCAGAGACGGUGACAUUUGUGGAAGGUAUGUGGGUUCGGGUAAAGGGGAGCUUAUUGGUGAAAUCCUCAGAUACCAGGGAGUUCGUGUGACAUAAAAUGCAUUCAUAGCCAAAUUAGAAAAAAUGAAAAUGAUUUUGCAAAUCUUAUUUUUGAUUGUAUGAACUUAUACAAAAACUUGGGUGACAAGAAUUUAAAUAGUGAAAUUUGGCUUUCUCGAAA